AUGUGGAGGCCCGAGGACGGCUCGAAGCGGCUUCGACAGCCACCCGUGGCCAUUGAGUGGAUGCUGACCCGUGGCGGAGGCUUCGACAGCUUCCAGGCCUGCUGCCCCGAUCUGUGCUCCGAGGCUCCGGUCCAGGCGCCACCACCCGCGGGGCCGGAAAACAAUCACCCAGACCUCAGGGCGCCCUUCCACGACCAGGGCGGCCCUGUGGAGAUCUUGCCCUACCUCUACCUGGGCAGCUGCAGCCACUCCUCGGACCUGCAGGGGCUGCAGGCGUGCGGCAUCACAGCCGUCCUCAAUGUCUCGGCCAGCUGUCCCAACCACUUUGAGGGGCUUUUCCGCUAUAAGAGCAUCCCCGUGGAGGACAACCAGAUGGUGGACAUCAGUGCCUGGUUCCAGGAGGCCAUCGGCUUCAUUGACUCGGUGAAGACCAGUGGAGGCCGGGUGCUGGUGCACUGCCAGGCGGGCAUCUCCCGCUCGGCCACCAUCUGCCUGGCGUACCUGAUGCAGAGCCGCCGCGUGCCGCUGGAUGAGGCCUUCGACUACGUGAAGCAGCGCCGCGCGGUCAUCUCACCCAACUUCAGUUUCAUGGGGCAGCUGCUGCAGUUUGAGACUCAAGUGCUGUGUCAUUGAGGCAGGGCCUCGUCUGCCUGCCGGCCCCACAGCCGGCCGGUCCUGCUGGCUCAUGAGUGCACUUCUGGGGGAAGUGGGCAGUGGGCAGCUGGACCCCAGUACACUCCUUGGGAGUUCUUAGGGUGGAGGUGCUAGGAAUGCAGGGAGACUGGACUCUUCCACUUGGUGGAGCUCUGAGUAGUAUGAGGGCUGGCCCUCAUUUACAAUGGGGACUCUGCCUGCCUCCCUCACCCCUCCAUACUCUGG